CUGGGCCAGGCCAUUUUCUGACUAGAAAUGGGGGAAGUGGAUAACGAAAGGGUGAAAGGGAAAGCUGGAGGAGAGGGAGGUUAGUUCAGUUGUUGAGUGCGGCGGGAGUCGAAUAAAUCUGAACGUUUCAGGAGCUUUGAGACGACCUCUAACCUGGGCCUCAUGCUUCCACAGCGGUCCACCCGGUGGUUUGGCCCGGCCUGGCCUGCCGGACCUGCUGGAUACAGCCCGGUGUGGCCAAGGCUCGGCUGAGCUCCUGGCACCGCCUCUUCCCUGCCGGCUCCUGUGGGUGGGGGAAGGCAGGAGUGACGCUGAAUCUGUUGAACAGGACCAGUUAUUUCUAGACUAAAAAUCUUGAUUCAAAAGCUGUACAUCUGCCCGGCCAUCUACUUUUAAACUGCAUUUUUAUGUAGAUUUUCCUCUUCUUACUCUGGUGUGUCUGAAGAUGACAGCAGCAACCCGACGAGAAGUCCUCUGCCUCUACCGAAGCAUUUUCAGGCUUGCACGGAAAUGGCAGGCAGCAUCAGGGCAGAUGGAAGACACCAUCGAAGAAAAACAGUACAUACGAAAUGAAGCCAGAACACUGUUCCAGAAAAACAAAAAUCUCACAGACCCAGACCUGAUUAAACAAUGUAUAGUGGAAUGCACAGCCAGGAUUGAGAUUGGACUGCAUUACCAGAUUCCUUAUCCGAGACCUAUCCAUCUGCCUCCCAUGGGUCUCACCCCACGACGAGGCCGGGGACUUCAAACCCAGGAGAAACUGAGAAAACUUUCCAAACCAGUAUAUCUGAAGUCUCACGAUGAAGUUUCCUAACAAAGAGACACUUUACUUUUUAGAAUGGUGAGCCAACUUGGUUUUGAAUGUAAAUCAGACAAUAUUCCCUUCUUGGUUAGAAGCAAAAAUACUACCUUUAGACCUCCAAAAUUGGUCUUCACCUAUAACAUGUGGCUGCAGGCAUCCCUGGGGUUUCACAGGGUCUUACUUGCUGCUUGAGUUGAUGACAUUGUCCUUAGAGGCCAUGGACUUUACAUCAUCACUGAGGUCUUCCUUGGGAGCUAUCUGAGGCUGCAGAGGAAGGCUGAAGGCAAUUCCUGGUGCUACCAUUCAGCUUGCAUCUGGUGCAAAGGAGAAACUGGUUGCUGCAAGUUCACAAGGCUCCAAAACUUCCUGCUGCCAAAAUACUUUCUAGAGGUUUCCUCACAAGUUAUUUUCAUUUGCUUAAAACUGGUUUCUGUAUAGGCUUUUUUGUGGUCUCAGGACUCUUGUAAUUUCCAGAUUUACCCACUUAUAAAGGGCAGCUUUGGAUUGAUCAUACUACUUUGUUGUUUUGUUGAGUUUUGUGUGUGUGGAAAGGCUUGUUUUGAGACAGGGAUUUCCUAUGUAGCAUUUGCUGGUCUAGAACUCUUUCUCUAGACUAGACUAGUCUAGUCUUGACCUUGUGUUGAUCCUCCUGCUUCAGCUUCUCAAGUGCCAGAAUUACAGAAAUAAGUCACCAAACCCAACUGAUCAUGUGAUCGUUUUAAUGGAAAUAUGGUAUA